AUGAAAUAUAUAAUUUUGUUAUUGUUCAUACAUAAAUGUGUAACGUUUGAUGUACCUAAAAGUGGUUGUAAAACGGACUUAACGAUAGACGAUGACCAUUAUAACGUGACCGAAACAUAUAAUGUAGGCGAUGUAUAUCCAACUGAUGCGCACUACGAUCCUUACGGAAAUCUCUUCUUCGUCGAGUACGGUCGCAAUUAUAAGGGCUACUUUUUUAAUAUUAAAGUUAUAAAACAGAACACAACUGAUGCUCAAAAUAUUCCUGGUUUACCUGAUGGCGAAAGCUACUCUAUCGCUGUGGACAAAAAGAACGCUAAUGUAUACUUUGGUACAAGUAAAGGAAUUUUUGUUUUCAAUUAUUAUCGGAAUGAAGCCACUUUGGUCUCAAAUCCUGAUUUCAAAUUAAACAUGAUUUUUAUUGACAAGGAUGGAAAUAAAUAUAUUACGGAUAAUCCUAAUGACACUGAAGAAUUGUACUUGUUAGCAGGUGAUAAAAAAAUUCGGUUCAGAAGUUUCGAGGCUCUUAAUGAAAUGGCGAUUGAUGACAAAAAUAAUUUUUACUACAUCAAAGAUGAAAAACUUUUUGUGUUAAAGUCUAAUCUCUCAAAAGCUCAAUUCAUUGGAAAUGUAUCUUAUAAAGGUUUUGCACAAAUAUCCUUUUAUGAAGAAGUUGUUUUCGUUGCAAGUGAAACUUUAACGUAUAUCCACGAAAAUGACACUGGUUCGUUGAAAUUGGUCAAAAAUAUUCCAGGAAAAGUAACAGCCAUAUCGUUUGAUAAUUCUGGCAACUUUAUACUUGGAACUUAUGGAAAAAUAUUCAAGUACACAGCAAACAACAAUGAGUGCUACCAUAGGAAAAAUUAAAAAAUACAUACAUAUAUGCAUAUUAAUUUGUGAAUAAAAUUUUGAAUAAUAAAAAAAACGUAU